CUUCGUUGCGAAGUUUGCAUUCCUUUGUGGAAUGCGCUUCUGCUUUUAGUUUGAUUUCUAUCUUCUCUCUGUCUCUCUAUUCGUUGAUCGGAGCUCGGGAAAAGAUUUUCCGGCGAGGCGGCUACAGAUACAGAGUUUAUUGUGUAGCUAGCAAGAAGUAGGGUGCUGAAAGAUGACGGUUACUCCUAAUAUCUCGGUCAGUGAUGGAAACCUUGUGGUUCAGGGGAAGACCAUACUGAAGGGUGUGCCCGAAAACAUUGUUUUGACUCCGGGACCAGGCGUGGGCCUUGUAGCUGGUGCUUUCAUUGGUGCCACUGCUGAUCACAGCAAAAGCCUCCAUGUCUUCCCCGUGGGCGUCUUAGAGGAUCUCCGAUUCAUGUGUUGUUUUCGUUUCAAGCUAUGGUGGAUGACUCAGAGAAUGGGGACAUGUGGGAAGGACAUUCCUCUUGAGACACAAAUCUUGCUCGUGGAGAGUAAAGACACUGCUGAAGGAGAACAUGACGAUGCCCCAACUAUAUACACCGUCUUCCUUCCUCUCCUUGAGGGCCAGUUCCGUGCUGUUCUACAGGGCAAUGAAAAGAAUGAACUAGAGAUUUGCCUCGAGAGUGGAGAUAGUGCUGUUGAAACCAACCAAGGAAAUUAUCUUGUCUACAUGCAUGCUGGGACAAACCCCUUUGAAGUCAUCAACCAGGCUGUAAAAGCCGUAGAAAAGCACAUGCAAACUUUUCGUCAUCGUGAGGAGAAAAAGUUGCCUUCUUUCAUUGACUGGUUUGGCUGGUGUACAUGGGAUGCUUUUUACACUGAUGUCACAGCUGAGGGUGUUGAAGAAGGCCUCAAAAGCUUGGCUGAUGGAGGUACUCCAUCACGGUUCCUUAUCAUAGAUGACGGUUGGCAACAAAUUGGUGGUGAAGCAAAGGACACCAAUUGUGUUGUACAAGAAGGGGCACAGUUUGCUAACAGAUUGACGGGAAUAAAAGAGAACGAGAAAUUCCAAAAGAAUGGAAAAAGCAAUGACCAGGUCCCAGGCCUGAAAAUUGUUGUCGAUGAAUCCAAGCAACACCACAAUGUGAAGUAUGUGUAUGUAUGGCAUGCUCUAGCCGGCUACUGGGGUGGGGUAAAGCCAGCAGCUGCUGGUAUGGAGCAUUAUGACACCGCUUUGGCUUACCCAGUUCAGUCACCAGGUGUACUAGGCAACCAACCAGACAUAGUCAUGGACAGUCUUGCAGUACACGGCCUUGGUUUAGUGCACCCUAAAAAGGUCUUCAACUUCUACAACGAACUUCAUGCCUACCUAGCUUCAUGUGGAGUAGACGGUGUCAAAGUCGACGUGCAGAACAUUAUUGAAACUCUUGGUGCUGGCCACGGUGGCAGAGUUUCUCUCACUCGUGCCUAUCAUCAGGCCCUUGAGGCCUCCAUUACUCGGAACUUCCAAGACAAUGGUUGCAUUGCUUGCAUGUGUCAUAAUACUGAUGGGAUCUAUAGUGCCAAGCAGACUGCUAUAGUAAGAGCUUCUGACGAUUUCUACCCUCGUGACCCUGCUUCUCACACCAUCCACAUCUCAUCAGUUGCGUACAACUCUGUUUUCCUAGGAGAAUUUAUGCAACCCGAUUGGGACAUGUUUCAUAGUUUGCACCCCGCCGCAGAUUAUCAUGCUGCAGCUCGUGCUGUUGGAGGAUGCCCAAUUUAUGUCAGUGAUAAGCCUGGCAACCACAAUUUUGAGCUUUUGAAGAAGCUUGUCCUUCCUGAUGGAUCAGUUCUUCGUGCCCAAUUACCAGGCAGGCCAACCCGUGACUGUCUUUUUGUUGAUCCGGCAAGAGAUGGAAUUAGCUUGCUUAAAAUUUGGAAUGUGAACAAAUGCACCGGCGUGGUUGGCGUCUUCAACUGCCAAGGUGCUGGUUGGUGCAAGGUUGCAAAAAAGACCCGUAUCCACGAUGAAUCUCCCGGCACCCUCACAGGUUCUGUGCAAGCCACCGAUGUUGAUUCCCUCUCUCAAGUUGCAGAGCCAGAUUGGAAUGGGGAAACGGUGGUUUAUGCCUACAAAUCAGGAGAAGUAAUUCGGUUACCAAAAGGUGCCUCUUUACCUGUGACGCUGAAAGUUCUAGAAUAUGAACUCUUCCACUUCUGCCCUCUGAAGGAAAUCACAGGGAACGUUUCCUUCGCACCAAUAGGCUUGCUCGACAUGUUCAACACUGGCGGUGCUUUGGAAGAGUUUGAAGUUCAAAAUGAAAACCAAUCUCCAUCUGCGACAAUUUUACUCAAAGUGAGGGGAUGUGGCCGGUUUGGUGCUUACUCUUCACAGCGCCCACUGAAAUGCCAAGUGGGUGGUGUUGAGACCGACUUUGAGUAUGAACCUGGAACCGGAUUGUUGACUUUUAUUGUUCCGGUUGCAGAAGAGGAGAUGUAUAGAUGGGGGAUUGAAAUCCAAGUUUGAAGUGGUAGUUUGUUUGUAGGGUUAGGAGAGAUAAAAUAAACUAGUGGUAGUGUAUUAAAAUGUCACCAUUGUCAAGGGGAGUUUGUGGGUGACUUGAUUUGGGGCAAUGCUUCUUGUAUUGCAGAGAGGGGGAGUCUCUCAUGGGGGAGUGAGUGAGUUUCUGUAUUGUUUGUUUUUGUUGUUGUUGUUGUUGUUGUUGCAUCUCUGUAAUAAAAGCUUACCAACCUGAUUGGUGGUUUCUUUAAUGUAGUCUUGUGGUUUAUGGCCUA